GGAUUUUCUGAGGAGAAAGUGGUCAAUUAAUGGGGGGAUAGUGAAAAGUUGGGAUUUUCUGAGGAGAAAGUGGUCAAUUAAUGGGGGGAUAGUGAAAAGUUGGCAUUUUCUGAGGAGAAAAUGGCCAAUUAAUGGGGGGAAGGAGGUUUACUGAGGAGUAUUAGGGUGGUUAUCCACUACCCCACUUUCAAUAUUGUUGUGCCUGCCGAUGUUUUGGGGGAGCCCCACUCCUCCAUUUCCAAUCAGCGCACGUCUUGUAACAUCCCACUGAUAUCCUGUCACUUUCUUCGUACUGCAAAUGUUCCCAUGAAGGGGCUUCCUUUGUCCUCUCUGCUGCAGGGCAAAGAGGCCCCUCCAGGCUGUGAACAUCGCAGGAAACCCACUAAACAGAAAGAUGUGUGGACGGUUCUCAAGGAUUUGCCUUGGGAAGCAGAAUAUAAAUCUCUUGAAUGACAUAUCGAGGAAUUAUUAAUUCCAGGGGAGUUGUGAGAGCGGAUUAGAGUCAGAAAUGGUGAUCAGUCAGUAUCCUCUCCAAAAUUCAAUUCCCAAGAUUCAUGCAGACAACGCCUUGACCUCUAAACAAAUACUAGAUUGGAAGUGAAGAUGUAUUUAUUAUUGUUUACAUUUAUAUUCCACCUUUUCCUCCAAGGGGCUCGAGGUGGUUUGCAUUUUUCUCUCCCCCCACCUCCAUUUUAUCUUCACAACAACCUUGUGAGGCUCAGCAGCAGCACCCAAAGGAGCAAGAGAUACCCAGAAAGAUGGACGUGUGUCAGCAAGACCCCCUCUCCGAGGGGGAGGGGGCCAAGACCAAAAAGCCACCUGCAAAGGAACGCCCACACACCCCUCAGACCAAGAAGAAAGCAAGAAAGAAGAAAAAGAAGGCAGCACAAGAUAAUGCAGGAAAACCUGAAAGCAAAAGCAAGAAGCCCUCCAUCCUUGUGACAUCACCCCUUGAACUACUUCAACACCAAACUGGCCCUGGAACGACGCCCCAAGGUGCCGCCCCAAAGGCGACUCCAGGCAAACCUUCUCUCUCUGCCAGCAUUUCGUUCUUGACCCAAAACGACUCUGUGCUUUCCAACGAGAGCCUUCGCUGGGAUGGGGUCCUGGAUGAUCCCAUAGCAGAAGAGGAGAGGCUGUGGAUCUACAGGCUGAACAGAAGGAAGCGCUAUGGGGAGUACAUCCAGAAAAACCUACCACCAGAGCCAUCGUUCGCUUUUAAGCACUUGCCACAACAUUAUGUGGCUCCUCCUCAGGGCAAGGAGCAGUUGCUACGAAAGAGCAUGUCCUCCACUACUACUUCAGCGCCCAAGACAGACCAAAGUGGACCGAAUUCUAAGAUCUCAACAAACGUCUCAAAAAGGCAGUCAGCACUGAUGCCAAGUGUUUCUCAGGAAAUAGUGUAAAGAAAUCUUCCCGACGCUUCUGUUUUGCUUU